GUCAGUGCUAGGUGACGGCGUUUCCAUACCAGAUGGCACUAAUUUGCAGAAGCAGUCGGUGAUAUCAGCAAAGGUUACUUAUCCCCGGCAUCUUGACGUGCCAUCUAAUGUCAGUAUAUGUUCAAGUACUCCUCAUGAAGACUUCGAAGAGGCGAUUCAGUGUAAAGAUGUGCAAGGUGUAUAUAUCUGGUCUUUAACGAAUGGUGGAUCGUUUUGGACAACAAAUGAAGGAGCUGACUCUGGAAAUGCAAGUAUGGGAGACGAAAAUGAAUCGAUAGUCGGAUCUGAUAGUGAGGGAGCAGAAUCGAUCGAAUUGGAUGCUACAGGACAAUUUUAUGAAGAAGUUGUGGAGAGUAUGGAGAGGAUUCAAGGUUUCACAUUCAGCAAUCAACAAAUGCAUAACUUGAUCCUUGAAAUCAAUUCGUCUAAACUCGCGUACAAUAUAUCGAUGGAGGAUGUGGCGAAAUACGUUUUCUCCGCGUUCUUAGGUUUACCCGGAAAUGAAACUUUGGCAGGACUGAAAGAGCUUUGUCGAAAAUGGACGCUUCUGUUUUCGAACUACUACAAACCAACGAAGAGUCAAAUUCAGCUCCUACUAGCAGUUGAGGAUCGCUUCAAAGAAAGUCCUGUAGAAUUCGGCAAACUAGUGGCGAGACUUGUACACUUUCUUUACAACGAAAUGGACAUUCUAGAAGAAGAGGCCAUUCUGCACUGGGUGGAUACGCUGGAUGAGAUGUCGUUCCUGAAUCUUGUUGAUUUCGACGGGUCGAUAAAGCGGAACAAAAAACAGGAAGCGGUGUUGAACACUUUCAAUGAUCGGGAAAAAUUUUUACGCGAACUCGAAGCGCAGAGGAGAGCAAGAGCAGUUGAUCAGAAGCAGAAGAACGCAGCCGUAGUUGUACAGAGGUCAUGGCGUGCUCAUCGAGCUCGCAUCAUUGUAGCUCGCCAGCUCAGAGAGGAUUUCGAUAAAGUUGGCAGGCCGACAACGAAUGAGGCGCUAAAUCUGCAAAUUACGCGAAUAAAUGUGUUCUAUCAUCACCCGGACGAUGAUAGUCGUUUGAUUACCCUUUGCUCAACUGCACUGGGUUUGCGGAGCAGUUUCCGGGGAAGAAGAAUUGGUGGCAACUCAACGGAGAAUAGUCUUCUACAAAUGCCUUCUGAAAUUCUUGUCUCAUGCUGGAAAAGAUACGAAUUUCGUGAUGCCUAUCAGAUGGGUUACUUCGAAUGUUUUUUGAAUUUAAUUGCAAAGCUGGCUCCGCCACAUAACGACGAACUUUCUUUCGUAACUGAUAGGCGGCUACCACCGCGUCUCGAAUCGCUUUGUGAGCACCUCAUGGUCCCUGUUAUAAGAACAUCAUCAGAAGAAAGGGUAUGGGUUCUGCGCUCCUUGAUUCGGUCAAUAGUGAUCAACAAGAACUUGACGUCAAUGGUCCUAAUAGUGAUGCCUUAUAUUUCACGUUGUUUCUACGAUUCUAAGGUUUCAUUAUGUGAUCUGCUGAAUGGCUUUGGACGAUAUCCUUCUCAUGAUACCGUCCCGGCUGGUCUCUGUUCGACAUUUUUUGUGAGCACCAUCUUGAGGGCAUGCUCUCAGAAGGAAUUAACUGAUGAAGAGAAGUUUCUGCUUUUGUCGACGUGUGCUGGGUUCAAAGAAGCGUAUCAGAGAGACAAUUCUGCUGGAGCUUCCAUGAUGACAAACGUAAAUAAGGUGGAGGUGUUUAUGCUGUCAUUUAUCGAAGCUGCGUUCGAAUCGCCAAUUUUCUCAGAGCUGUGUAAACACGCAGUGAAAUUUCCGGCGGAUGAGAAUAUAUGGUCGUUGGUAGCUUUUGAAAAGAAGAUAUUAAAUUCGGAUGUGGUAAUGUUAUUGGCGACAUCCCCAUCAUGCAUGAAUCGAUUGUGGAUGUUACUAGUAGGCAUGCAAUCGCGAUGCCUCUCCGGGCGGCUUGUCAACCAUAUUGAUUUGCUUAAAAUGGGCCAUCCCCUGGAGGACGCUGCCCGUGACCAUUUGACUCAAGCACUUUCUUUGUUCUGUGGAUGCCUUGUUGCUGGAAUCGCUUCCGUUGAUGACGCCGAUUUUGUUUCUGGUCAUCCGAAUUUGGUAUUCAGCAACAGUAAAAUGACGGAGAUCAUUACAGUAAUAAGGGAUGUUGGUUUGGGAUUGAUCGAUUUAGCUUUUCCCGAAGACUUCUUUGCUACUGCAAAAGCAGCAGAAGAAAAAACGCGGGAUGCAGCCAAGUGGUCACAACUCUACGAAACUGUUGUAUCUACCCUGCAGUCGUUGUAUGCAAAGGAUGCACGAGUGCAUUUUUUGCCUUCCGAGUUUUGGAGUAACCAUCGGAGACAGGUGGUCGUGACGCGUAGAUCGUUUUUUCAACCUCGACGUCGUGGACACAGUAUGGAAGGGUCUCAACGAGCAUUUACUCCGUUUAGUUUUGUGCGAUUUCUUCAUGGAAGACCACACAUGGAGGAUGACAGCAGUGGAAGCGAAGAUGAGCCAGGACCUUCCAGUGAACUGCCAGCGACCAGUGCUGAUUUGCGAAACAUAAGUAUUAUCAAGUCAAUUCCCUUUGUGGUGCCAUUUAUGCAAAGAGUGAAGAUUUUUCAAGAUCUUUUGGCCCAUGAUCGAGAGGCGAAUGAUAUUGUGGACGAUUUUCAUAGUUUUGCGCCAACAGGCUUCCGUCGGAAUGCUAUUAAUAUAUCAGUGCGACGACAGCAUCUGUAUGAGGACGCAUUCGAAGCGAUGUCACUGGGGAACGCGCCAAACCUUCGACUUCCGAUAAGGGUGACAAUGAUGAACUGGGCUGGGUUGAGUGAAGCUGGCAUCGAUGGAGGUGGAAUCUUUAGAGAGUUCCUGACCGAAUUGAUUCGAACUGGAUUUGAUCCUGACAGAGGCUUCUUCAAGUAUACUUAUGACAGGCUGUUGUAUCCGAACCCUUCUUCCAUGCAGCUGUAUCCUGAUUCCUAUUCGCAGCAUUUCUUUUUUCUAGGACGAAUUGUUGCAAAGUUAAUUUACGAGAAGCAAAUGGCUGAGAUCCGCUUCGCCGAGUUCUUCGUGUCACAGCUCCUAGGCAAGCGUCGUGCAGAUCUUGACCUGCAUCAUCUGAAAUCGUAUGAUCCGGCUAUAUACAAACAUCUGAAGAAUCUCCGCAGCUUAACAGCUGAUGAACUUGCAGCUUUAGAACUCGACUUCAGUGUAAUCGUAGACGAUGUUGGUGACGUGCAGUUCCUGACCGAAUUGAUUCGAACUGGAUUUGAUCCUGACAGAGGCUUCUUCAAGUAUACUUAUGACAGGCUGUUGUAUCCGAACCCUUCUUCCAUGCAGCUGUAUCCUGAUUCCUAUUCGCAGCAUUUCUUUUUUCUAGGACGAAUUGUUGCAAAGUUAAUUUACGAGAAGCAAAUGGCUGAGAUCCGCUUCGCCGAGUUCUUCGUGUCACAGCUCCUAGGCAAGCGUCGUGCAGAUCUUGACCUGCAUCAUCUGAAAUCGUAUGAUCCGGCUAUAUACAAACAUCUGAAGAAUCUCCGCAGCUUAACAGCUGAUGAACUUGCAGCUUUAGAACUCGACUUCAGUGUAAUCGUAGACGAUGUUGGUGACGUGCAGAGCGUAGACCUCGUAUCUGGUGGCCGAAAUAUUCGUGUGACAGUCGACAAUCGCCUGGAAUACAUACGAGCCUAUGUAAACUUCUUCCUCUUCAAACGGAUUGAACCGCUGGUGGAUGCGAUGCGAGCCGGCUUAUCGACUGUGAUUGAUCCUGGCUGGUUAGCAAUGUUCUCGCCAUCGGAGCUGCAGACCUUGGUCAGUGGUGCCGACGCUGACUUGGACGUUGACGAUAUGAUGAAGCACUGUGCUGUACACAACAUUCGAGGCAAGCUUACUUACGAAAGCCGAUUCUGCCACUACAUGGAUUUAUUCUGGAGUGUCGUUGGCGAGAUGUCAGCGGAAGAUAAGCGUGGUUCAUCACUGGCUGCUCGCGACCACCGAUUGAAGGUUUCAAAAUGCUUUAUCCAGCCAUGGGGAUUCAACUGGUAUGUUGAAGUGUUGUUGGAUUGCUUCCUAUUUUUAAGUUCUUUGCUCACUUUGGGAAAAGUCAACUCCCCGAUAGUGCAGGGAGGUGUUCACGCAGCUUUCGGUAAAAUUACAUUUUUAUAA